AUGUUACCAAUAAUUGAUAUAGGAUCAUUAGAUCCUACACUAAAUGAUAAAGAAGGAUGGUUAAGAGUAGCAAAAGAGAUUGAUCAAGCAUGUAGAACAAAUCAUUUUAUAACAGAGAAAAGAUUUAAAGAGUUUAUGAAUGCAACAAAGCAAUUUUUUGAACUCUCUACAGAAGAAAAGAUGAAGAUUUAUAUUGGCAAUAGUAAGAAUCAUAAAGGUUAUGUAGAGAUGCAAAGUGAACAUUUGGAUCCUACUAAAAAAGUAGAUUACAAGGAAGCAUUGGAUAUGGGUUUAAAUUAUAAAAUGGCUGACCCAAAUAACCCAACCAAUACAUUAAAUGGUCCAAAUCAAUAUCCACAAUCACUUGGUCAAGAAUGGGUAGAUGUAAUAGAAUCGUAUGCAAAGGAUGUAUUGGAAAAGGUUGCAAAAAGGUUAAUGCAAACAAUGGCAUACAAUUUAGGUGCACCAUUGGAUUAUUUUGACAAAUUGUUUAAUGAAAGAAAUGUUAGUACUCUAAGAAUUAUUCAUUAUCCUCCAAGAUUGGCAGAGGAAAAUGAAGAUGAAAUUGCUAAACUCGAUCCCUCGGAACAAUAUGAAAAGAUGGAUACAGUUGGAUGUGGAACUCAUACAGAUUAUGGUUGUAUUACACUUUUAUAUCAAGAUGAAAUUGGUGGAUUACAAGUUAGAAAUACUGAUGGUAAUUGGAUUGAAGCAACUCCCAUACCAAAUACUUUUGUUGUCAAUAUUGGUGAUAUGAUGAUGAGAUGGUCAAAUGAUCUUUACAAAAGUACACCUCACAGAGUCAUUAGUCAUGGAAACAAGGAUCGUUAUUCCUCACCCUAUUUUUUUGAACCAUAUGGUGAUGCCAUUGUAGCUUGUCUACCAUCAUGUCAUUCAGAUUCAAAUCCAAUCAAAUAUCCUCCAAUCACUUGUAAUGAUUAUUUAUCAAUGAAAUUUGAUCAAACUCAUGGUUAUAGACAACAUCAAAUUGAUUUGGAAAAGUUGAAUAAUAAUAAUAAUCAACCAGAGCAAUUAAAACAAUAA